AGAGUGAAAACAAGUAUUACAACAAAGGGGAGGAAGAGCACGCUUUUGACUAGCGGAGGUAUAAAUGCAGUCUGCGCUAAAAGUCGCUUCCUCUCACUUUCAGCUGUCACAAUUUUUUUUAUAAAGAGAGCUUCCAAGCUAUUGUGUUUUUGUUGAUCUUUAUUAUAGAUUGGAUCGUUUAAAUGGUAGAAGCAACUGAAGACAGUAUUUUUGAUCCACUUUCCUUUGAUUUCCUUGCAGCUGUUCAGCAAUUAUCAGCAUAUGUUAUAGAACAGGAAGAAUCUGCCCUUGACGCAAUCAUCGAUCAUGAAGUAUUAAAGAACCCAAACUCUAUUUCUCGGUCAAAUCUACUUGAUUUAGUAUCAAGAGCCAUGAUCAACCCCAGUUGGACUCUCACUGUUGUUCGCUUAUUUCGUCCUAUUGUAAUUGACUUGAUCGGACGUUGGACCAUGCCUGGAUUCACAACGUUGAUAGAAACAGCCUUAUCAAAAACGCAUACUACUGUACAUACGACCGAACUCAUAGCAAAGGCCUUCAGUGUGAUACUGCCUAUUGCGCCUCAAGUUAAAAACUUGGCUGUGUUAUAUUUCACUCAUUCAACUUCUUUAUUCGAACGAUUAGAUCACUAUAGCAAUGUUGAUAGUAUGGAUACUUCUACGUCCUCUUCAUCAAUAGAUAAUUUACAUGAUUUACUGCUUACAACAUAUCGCUUGCUUUCUUUUUCAGCAGUUACAUUUUCACCCAUUUGGAAUUGGGGACCAGUAGUUCAAUUGCUUAAAUACCCUGAUACAUGUGUUCGUUAUAUCACAACCCUGUGUCUCUGCAAAGUAUACAACCUAAGUGAUUCGCAACAAAACAGUCUUUUAUCUUCUAUUGUCGGCAAACCCUUGGAUGAAUCUGAUGAGCCUAUUUAUAUGACCAUUGAAGGCAGUCGUGUUGACAUUAGAUUCUUAGAUUUAUGGGAACAACAAAGACUUGCAGACAAUCAAAUAGCAUAUCUAACCAAUAACUUUGAUGUACAACAACGCCAAUUAGAGGACAGUGAUUUAUGUCCAUCGACUUGUAACCUUUGUGGUGUCUUGCUCACAAAGCGCGUCGAGAAAGAAAGCGAUAGAAGUAGCUAUAACCCCGAACUAGUCUUAACAAAGACGACCUCAAAAAAUUUACACGCAAUCAGCCUUGCAUUAUCUAUUGGAGCACCUACACUUCUGGAAGGCGUGACUGGAGCAGGAAAAACGUGCCUUGUAGAAGAACUUGCAUGGAGAACUGGAAGAGGUGCAGAGCUAGUAAAGAUUCAUUUAGGAGACCAAACAGACCCAAAAGUACUAUUGGGAACAUAUGUAUCUACCUCCACACCUGGCUCCUUCCGAUGGCAAGCCGGUGUUUUAACAACUGCAGUACUUGAAGGCAGAUGGGUGCUUAUUGAGGAUAUUGAUUUGGCACCAGCAGAGGUACUAUCCGUGCUUUUACCACUUUUGGAAACUGGACAUCUAUUUAUUCCUUCAAGAGGCGAGAAAAUCAAGGCAAAGGAAGGAUUCCAAAUGUUUGGUACGAGAUCAUUUUUACCAUCUCGAUCUGGAAAGGGGGUCACUUCUAGAGGCGCGAGUAUGAUGACAGGCGCCAACUUGUGGACAAGAGUGCAUGUUGAACCUUUAUCUCAUGAAGAAUUGGAACUAGUGAUUCGUCAAAAGUUUACGCAUAUCAACGAUUUUGCUUCACAUGCGAUGAACUUAUUUCAAACUGUAGUCGACCUUUAUGAAGAUACCAGCCUUUCUUUAUCUUCUUCUUCUAUGGGUCGUUUCCUUUCAACGAGAGAUCUUAUGAAAUGGUGUCAUCGCGUUGAUCUUUUAUUAGGCGAAAAACUAAAUGAUUCAUCUGAAGUGGGCAUGGAUCUUACACUUCGUCAAGAUCUAUUCAAUGAAGCAAAUGACUGCUUUUGUGGAAUGAUACCCGACUAUAACAUAUGGAUGACUGUACUUCAAACCAUCGGCAAACCCCUGCAGAUAUCUCAAGAGUUGGUGCGUAACUACGUUGAUCAGUAUAAGCCAGUACUUGAUGUAAAUGACACUCAUGUUCGUAUCGGUCGUGUGAACCUUUCAUCUAUUGCUGCAAGUGGAAAACAAAAGAAAAAGGCUGGUUUAAUCAAGAGAGAAAAACAGCGUCCAUUUGCGACAACAGGUCAUGCCUUACGUUUAAUGGAAAAGAUUGCAGUUUCUAUUCACUUGAACGAACCUGUCUUGUUGGUGGGUGAAACAGGUACUGGUAAGACAACAGUUGUCCAACAUUUAGCAGACAUGAUCCAUCAAAACUUGAUCGUCGUCAAUCUGUCACAGCAAUCAGAUAGUUCGGAUCUAUUGGGUGGAUUUAAGCCUGUAGAUGGAAAAGUAUUAGCUAUUCCUUUAAAUGACGAGUUUGAACGUUUGUUUGAAAAGACAUUUUCCGUCAAGAAGAAUAUCAAGUUUUUGGAUAUGGUUCGUAAGAUGUUUAUUCAUCAAAAAUGGACAAACUUUGUUGCUUUACUUAAGCAAGCGAUUAAAAUGUCACAGCAAAAGUUCGAAGCCGAACAAAACGUAGAAAACAAAAAGACCUCUUCUCCUCAACUUCGAAACGCAUGGAAGACAUUUACAAAGCAUGUUGAAGAGUUUGAAGUUCAACAAGUGCAAUCUCAAAACAAGUUUGUAUUUAGUUUCAUGGAAGGCUCGCUUGUGAAGGCUGUUCGUCAAGGUGAUUGGAUUCUGUUGGACGAAAUCAAUUUAGCCACUACCGAGACACUUGAAUGCUUGUCUGGUCUACUGCAAGACGUGAAUGGUUCAUUAUUGUUGACAGAAAAGGGUGAUGUAGAGCCUAUUAAGCGUCAUCCCAACUUCCGUUUGUUUGCAUGUAUGAAUCCUGCCACGGAUGUUGGUAAACGUGAUUUACCUCCUGGCCUUCGUAAUAGAUUUACCGAAUUCUAUGUGCAUCCUCCUGACAACCGCUAUGAUGAUCUAUUACAAAUUGUGAAACAGUAUCUCUAUGGCAUUGCUGCUGGUGACGAAAGAUGUUUUGAAGAUGUUGCCGACUUUUACACAAGCGCUAAAAAAUUGGCAAAUGAGCACAAAUUGGUGGAUGGAGCGAACCAGCGACCGCACUUUAGUAUGAGAACGUUAGCCAGAGCUUUGACCUAUGUUGUCCAAAUUUCACCAACCUAUGGCUUGAGACGUUCACUUUAUGAAGGCUUUUGUAUGACUUUCUUGACCCAGCUUGAUAAAGAAAGUGAGACUGUCAUGCAUGACCUGAUCUACAAGACCAUAUUACGAAAUAUACAAAAUCCUCAACAAUUAAUUACAAGAAUACCUCGUCAGCCUGCUGAAAACUAUAUUCAAUUUGGUCAUUUCUGGUUAGAACAGGGUCAAUUCCCUCCUGAAGAUGAUCCUCGUUAUAUCCUGACAAAUUCCAUCGAGACCAAACUCUAUAACCUUGCUCGUGUUAUCAUGUCUAGAAAAUUCCCAGUAUUGAUUCAAGGUCCUACAUCAGCUGGUAAGACAUCGAUGGUUGAGUAUAUGGCAAAGAAGACUGGUCAUCGAUUCGUGCGUAUCAAUAAUCACGAACACACUGACCUUCAAGAAUAUCUUGGUACCUACGUCUCUAAUAAUGAAGGCAAGCUAGUAUUCCAAGAAGGUGUUCUGGUUGAAGCUCUUCGCAAUGGAUAUUGGAUCGUUCUUGAUGAACUUAACUUGGCUCCCUCUGACGUAUUGGAAGCAUUGAAUCGUUUGCUUGAUGACAAUAGAGAGCUUUUGAUACCCGAAACUCAAGAGAUCGUGAAACCUCAUCCCCACUUUAUGCUAUUUGCCACACAGAAUCCAGCUGGCCUCUAUGGUGGUCGUAAAGCAUUAUCACGCGCUUUCCGUAACCGUUUCCUUGAACUUCACUUUGAUGAUAUACCCGAGGAUGAACUUGAAACGAUUCUUUCCAAUCGCUGCAAAAUUGCACCGUCGUACUGUAAAAAGUUGGUCAAGGUCUAUAAGGACUUGAUGGCACAUCGACAAAGCACACGUAUCUUUGAACAGAAGCACGGCUUCAUUACUCUCCGUGAUCUGUUUCGUUGGGCUGGCCGUGACCCUCAAGGGUAUCAAGAGCUUGCAGAGAAUGGAUACAUGUUGCUAGCUGAAAGAUGCCGUCGCGAUGAGGAAAAGAAGGUUGUUAAACAAGUACUUGAGCAAGUGAUGAAAGUCAAGCUUGAUGAAAAUGAAAUGUAUGACUGUAACAGACUUGAAGAGUUCCAGACGUAUGAUCGUUUGCUCAAGGAACGUUCCGCAAAGGCAGGUGAAGACAACAACCUUGUGUGGACAAAAGCUAUGCGUCGCUUAUUUAGUCUUGUUGCUCGCUGUCUUCGAUAUGAUGAACCUGUCUUGCUUGUGGGUGAUACGGGCUGUGGUAAAACCACUGUUUGUCAGAUGUUGGCAGAAACCUAUGGUCGCGAACUUCAUAUCGUCAAUUGCCACCAAAACACUGAAACAAGUGACUUGCUUGGUGGACAACGACCUGUUCGUGGUCAGGAUGAAGAUGAAGACAUGGAUAAGCCAAAGCAUCUGUUCGAAUGGCACGACGGUCCUCUAGUGCAAUCUAUGAAGGAUGGACACUUAUUCUUGCUCGAUGAAAUAUCUUUGGCUGAUGACUCUGUGCUGGAAAGAUUGAAUUCUGUUCUUGAACCCAGUCGUCUUUUAGUUCUUGCCGAAAAAGGUGGAAAGCAAGUAGAAGAACUCUAUGCUGCUCCUGGAUUCAAAUUUUUAGCUACCAUGAAUCCCGGUGGUGAUUAUGGUAAGAAGGAACUUUCUCCUGCCUUGAGAAAUCGUUUUACGGAAAUAUGGGUUCCAUCCGUCACUGACAGAGAAGACUUGAUCAGUAUUAUUGAUGAACAGAUGAAACACGCUACAUUAAAAGGAUACAGUGAGAGAAUGCUCGACUUCAUCUCGUGGUAUUCUCAAGCCCUUGGUCAGAGCCGUACUGUCAUCUCCCUCCGUGAUAUUCUUUCAUGGGUCAAAUUUAUGAAUACUGCAGUCGACUUUGGUCUCAAUCCAGAACUUAGCUUUGCUCAUGGUGCAUGUAUUGUUUUACUUGAUGGAUUAGGCUCUCAUGGCUCAUCAAGCUCCUUUAUGACCGGUUCGACCUUGAAAGAAUUCCGUCUUAAAUGUCUUCGACAUCUCUCUGAAAAGCCUAAUGCAACAGAACAGGAAGUCCUGGGCGAGUCAAGGGAUACGAUAGUGAUCAGUGAUAACAAAUUGGCUAUCGGUCCUUUUGAAAUCCCUCGUGGUAAGUUGUCCAAGGCCAAUGUGAAGUUUACUUUGUCGGCUCCCACCACAUCUGACAACGCUAUGCGUGUUGUUCGUGCAAUGCAGUUACGAAAGCCAAUCUUGCUCGAAGGCAGUCCUGGUGUUGGUAAAACAAGUUUAAUUUCUGCAUUGGCUGCUGCCUCUGGUCAUAAUUUAGUACGAAUCAACUUGUCUGAACAAACUGAUUUAAUGGACCUCUUUGGUUCUGAUCUUCCUGUUGAAGGUGGAAACAGUGGUGAGUUUGCUUGGAGAGAUGCUCCCUUUUUGCAAGCAAUGAAGGCUGGUGACUGGGUAUUACUCGAUGAGUUGAACUUGGCGUCGCAAUCCGUAUUGGAAGGUCUCAAUUCUUGCUUGGAUCAUCGUGGAGCUGUGUACAUUCCAGAACUUGACAGAGAAUUCUUUUGUGACAAAGAGUUCCGUGUAUUUGGCGCCCAGAACCCUCUUCAACAAGGCGGUGGUCGUAAAGGUUUGCCCAAGUCAUUUAUCAAUCGUUUUACGCAAGUUUAUGUUGAACAGCUGAGCCCAGAGGAUCUCUUGUUUAUCUGCUCUCACCUGUUCCCCGAGUUUGAACCUCACAUGCUGGCCAAAAUGAUUGAAUUUAACAACAGAAUGUAUGAAGAAACAAUGAUUCGUUGUACCUUUGGUCGUAAAGGAAGUCCUUGGGAAUUUAAUUUACGUGAUGUCUUCCGUUGGUUAGAGUUAAUGAGGCAGAAUCACACCUCUGACCCUGCUGAAUACUUGGACAUCAUUUAUAUGCAACGUAUGCGUUCUGCUGAUGAUCGCAUCAAAGUGAUUCAACUGUUUGAAACCGCCUUUAACGUCAAAUAUGAUCGACCCGAGCAUCCAUUGUAUGAAGUUACAGUCGACAAUUUCACUGUUGGGCACUCUCGUUUGGCACGAAAGCAAGCUGCAAAGAUGCCUGAUAUGUUUGAUCGCGACAAUCAUAUCCUUCAGUCUUUCCUACCAUCUCUUCAAUCUUUGAUGAAAUGUGUUGAAUCAGGCUGGAUGGCUAUCUUAACAGGCCCAUCUGCGUCUGGUAAAACUUCGCUUGUUCGAUUACUAAGCAAAAUGACUGGAAACGUCUUGCAGGAAUUUGCCAUGAAUAGCAGCGUUGAUACGAUGGAGUUACUUGGUGGCUUUGAGCAAGUCGAUUUGAACCGUCAUAGACAAGUGGUUAUGGAUAUGCUUCAUGUUUCCGUCAGUACUGCUUCAAAGAGUUUACUUCUUUAUGCUGCUACUCUUCCCACAGAUAAUGAAAACUAUAGCACGGCUCUUCAACUCAUCCGUCAGCUAAAUGAUGCCAUGUAUGUCCUAAACAGCAAGCAGCAAAUGAAACUUGCUUCAUCUGAUGCAGAAUCUGCAAAGUUGGAUUAUGCACUUGUUUCUAAUGUGGUAUCCUACUUAAAGUCUGCAUCUGCAGUGGAUCAAGAGUUGCACAACUCCAUUUCGAGCUUGAAUACUGCUGUCGAUAACCUUCAGGAGCUCGAAAAAGAUACGGUUGCUGGUAAAUUUGAAUGGAUUGAUGGUCUUUUAAUCAAUGCUCUUGAACAUGGUCACUGGCUUUUGAUUGACAAUGCCAAUCUUUGUAACCCUUCCGUAUUGGAUCGUUUAAAUCCUCUGUUUGAAAAUGACGGUGUCUUGAUGGUGAAUGAACGUGGUCUUGUCGAUGGCACAGUGAAGGUGAUCAAGCCUCACCCUAACUUCCGCAUGUUUAUGACAGUAGAUCCUCAAAACGGCGAAUUAUCCCGUGCAAUGAGGAACAGAGGUAUCGAAAUUGCUCUUCUUGACUCUAACUGGAACAAGAAUGAUCAGGAUGCAACUAAGCUGGUGAACUCUCUUGGUGUUCGUGGUCGCCGUAUUCCUGCCCUCUUGAAUGAACUUCAAGGCGAGGUGACCCAAAGUCGCAAACACUUGGCCAAGUCAGAAAAUGUCCGGGAUUAUCUCAUGUUUGCCACUUAUAUGGCUGAACGUCUUCAACGCGGUCAAUCUCUAAAGAGUGCUAUUCGAGACUCGUUCUUCCAAGUCUUUGUUGAUAUCGAAAAUGCACCCAGCGCGCUUGCUGCAUUACUUGAAAACGAUGUUGCUAGCCAAGAAUUGUUACAAGAGCUGGUUUCUCCUACAAAUUCGCCCUUCUUCAUCGGCGGAAAGUUGUUUCAGAAUGACUCUAAUCUUGCCACAAUUGCAUUACAUGGAGCUUACUUUGUUUAUCUACUUCAGACACUGGAUACUGACGACGAGGAGUCUCAAAAGAAGAUCGACGUUGCUGCUGAUUAUCUCUUGGAGAACUUGAACCUUCAAAACUAUGGUCUCUGUUAUCGUUGGCUAGGCUACAUGUCACAGCAUACAAUUGCUUCAAAGUCGGCUGCACUGGAAAAAAUUGGACACCUAAUGAAGAAUUUGAUCAAGCAUCCACUGUUUACCGAGUUGACCAAUGUGCAAUUGAAGUCCAAAAGUGUUGCUGUCAAUCAUGAAGAAUUGAAGUGCAUCAGUGAAGCUUAUAAAAUGUUGAUUCGUCUCUUAAAGCAAGACUACAUUGACAAUACCAUGCGUUCUGCAACACAGAGGCUCAAGGUUGGAAACUUGACCGCUCUUCAACAAUCCUAUUGUUUCCAGGUCGGACGCUUGAGUGAAAGCCAGUUGUUGCAUCCAGUUGUUCCCAGACUAUAUCCUUUCUUUGAAGCAAUCAACUCUGCAGUGGCAUCUUGGAUCGAUCAAGCCUCCUAUCGUAAUUGCACCACGCAAAUCUUUGAAGCUGUUCAUCAUGUGUUAGAUGUCAGAGACUACACUUGGUCUCUUACACAUAUGGAAGCUUUGAGCUUGGACAAACUGUUGAUCAGCAUCCGAAUCAUGAAAGAACUCAUCACCACCGAGGAAAUGGCUUCCGUUGGAUUUAACACAGUUCUCAAUCAUAUUGAAGAUAUUAUGUCUGGAUUUGAUUUUGAUACAAGCAGAUCCAUGAUGGCUUUAUGGGGACACUUCCAUCCCUCUACUUUAUCUUCUGAACCAUUACACAUGCUUGAGAGCGAUUUACGAAAGAUCAGCAAUGACUUGAAUUGUUACAGGUUCAGCCUAGAAGAAGGACUCAAGCCAAAAUCACUUGUUCUGCACGCUAAAUCAGAAGCAAAGAGAACUUUGAUAGAAGGCAUAGCUACGCUCUAUGCAGUGGACGUGAACAAUGCUGCAACUGUUGAGCAAACUUUGAAGUCUCUGCGUAACCUCCCUGAAUACAUCACUCGCGAGUUACAGCCUACUGAAGCAAGUGAUACGAUCAGAAGGGAUAGCUCAUGGGAUGCCGCCUUGGUACCUUUACAUGACUAUUCCAGCAUUCUUGAGGAAAUGGAGAUUUUGGCAAAGCUUUACUUUAUCUCUUGUGAUAGACAUGAAUCUGUGAAUGACAAGCAAUUGCUCGAACAAAUGUCGAAAUUUAAGGAAUAUGCCAUAAAUUACUCUUCACGUCCUCCAACAGACUUGGUGCCUUAUCAGCGUCUUAUUUGGUUCUUGGAUUGUGGAAAAUCAAUCAAUACAUCUUUAAUUCCUGGGUUAAUUCAAGAUGCAGCCUACACGUAUCAUCAACGUCUGUGGCGUUCAAGCGUCUUCCAGAAAGAUCUCUUCCAACUUGUGCCUAAUGAUACUGAGAAGGAUCUUCGAAUUACUGAAGGUUCCCUCGCAUUAUAUGAAAGCGUAGAGACAUUUAUCUGUUUGAAUAUGCUGGGAUCUGUUGAUAAAAUGCCUGUGGACGCAUUCGAAAGCGCUUUGAAGCAACUUAAAGGCUUGCAACAGUUCUUGUCAAAUAAUACGAAGUUAAAGGACAGAAGGCUCCUUGAAGUAGCUACUUUAUUCUCAAUGACACGUCAGUUGCUAAAUGCCUCUGCUGAAGUACUUGAUGAAGCAGCUUAUGAAGCACUUUCUUCUGUACUAAACAAAGCAGGUGAAUUUUCGCAAAGACUAUUGCAAUCAAACCUGUAUUUCGGCAACGAUGUAACAUCGUAUUAUGCUGAUGUGGCUGCCUUACUUGAUGAAGCAUCACAGGUUGCUCAACAAUACGAGUUCAAUUCGCACUAUAUCGGCGCUAUUAAUGCACUUCGAGCCACUGUCGAAUCCCUAGGAAAUGAAGACAAGCGCACGUUUUUCUCUGCUUGUGGCAAAGCUCGUGUUCUCUUAGGCUUAGCCUUCCUGUCUGCAUAUAUCCCUGACUAUCCCGUCGAUCCUACUUCUGAGCCCCGUCUCCGUGUCGACUUGCUACUGCAAAAGAAACAGAAGCAAUUGAAUAAUAUCAACGUCAGAGAAAACAUUGAAAAGAUAUACACAGGCAAUGACACAAACUCUGUGAUUGACGAAGAGAAGCGCUCAUUAGAGAAGGUGAAUGAUGAACUUGGAGAGAAGUCGACCGUCUUUUCACUUCGCCCUGCUCAAUCACAGCUUGACGAAAUAUUUGUUGACCUUCGCUAUUUGCAAAAGAGUAUGCUUGAACAUAACGUAGAAAACUUGCUGAAUGAAUUGGAAACACACUGCACAGAUUCUAUUCUACAACGCGAAGCUCUCCUACAAGGAAAUGCGCUCCAGUUUGUUGACAGAGUUUUCGACAAGUUCCCACUGUAUAGAGACAUCUUGCAGCCUUUGGUCAUUGCUGUUGACGAUAUUAAGUAUGGUCUUCGCAUGCUGACAGUUAAUGGUCGUAGAGACUCUACUGAUGAAUUUUUGUCUGAAUUCAUUGAGCUUUUGAUUCGUGAACCUGAUAUCACUGGUCAUCUUCAAGGUUUGACCUGGAAUAUGCUUGCUACUCCUCAAACACUUUCAAAGAUCAAGGCCAUCGUGUUUGAACGAGCACCAACAAAUAGAAAAUGGGCAUUCUAUUUGCGCUUGCUGAUAGUUAUUCUUCAGCGUACUGUAGCCUCUUUUGAUACUGCUGGAUAUCUAAAGGAUGAAGACCUUGUCACAGUGAACGCGCUAUUCAGUGAAAUCAUCCAAGUCUGGAAAUCAGCAGAAGAGUACAAGAAUAAACUGGAAGCUGAAAAAGAAGCUUUGUAUAAAACUCGUGCAAAGAAGUAUGAGCCUCCCACGGAAGAAGAGCUCGAGGAAGAAGAUUUAAAGAAUAUUUUUGCAGAUUUUAAUGAUGAAUUUGCUGAUCUCACUAUUGAAGAUGACACGCCUCCUAAGAAAGUAACUGAUCAUCUUAAGGUUGAAGAAGUAUCUGUGCUUGACAAUGAAGAUGUUCAUCGCAUUGGCCAUCUUCACAAGCUGAUAUUUACAAGUUACAAGGCCGAUGCAUGUAGUCGCUUAGGCAAACCUUUUAACAGAGAAGCCUUACAAUCCUAUACUACUGCCAAUCAACUGGCAUCUAUGGCUAAAUCACCAUUCACAGACGUCACCGACCGUAUCUGUAAUGCUGGUCAUCUUCGUGUUGCAAAUUUGGCAAUUAGACGUCUUGAGUCCGAGAAUUCUUUUGCCACCACAAGUGACGACAUUUAUGACUUUUAUCAAAGCGAAAAUGUGCAUGAAGCUAAAAAGGUAGAGCCUGUGGUGAAUCGCUUUAAGGCACGCGUGUUAGAGCUUGCAGAGCAGUGGCCAGAACAUGCCAUUCUCGAACAACUGCUUGUCAUUUGUGAUCGUAUCUUGACUUUCUCUAUUCUGUCGCCUGUUGCCAAAUUCUUGACUGGUAUCGAACUGCUGUUACAAAAGUCAGAGGAUUGGGAAGCUUACGCUGCUAAGCAUGUCUCUCUCAAGAGCCAACGUGACGAGUUGAUUGCUCUGAUCGUUAACUGGCGACAACUCGAACUUAAUUGCUGGCCCAAGCUUUUAGCUGCUCAGGAGCAAUACCAUCAAAAUGCUGCUUUCAAAUGGUGGUUCCAUCUGUAUGACACUAUUAAUAACACCUCAUUUGAUACGGAGUCAUCUGAGAGUUGCAAGAAGACGGCACAUGAAUUGUUGAGUGCCCUGGAUCAGUUUAUGCAAACAUCAAGCAUUGCCGAAUAUCAACCACGCCUUCAAAUGAUAGACACAUUCUAUCAGCAAGCUAAACUUCAAGCACAGUUCUCGACCAAUGAAUCUGAACAGUUGAGCUUUGAAAAGACAGCAGUCAUUCUACGUAAUGUCUAUUUAUACUAUUCACAAUUCCAACAGCAUGUGGAUACUAUGCUUACACAAAUGCGCAAGCCAAUUGAAAAAGACUUGAAGGACUUUGUUAAAAUUGCUACCUGGAAGGAUGUUAACAUCUAUGCCCUUCGUCAAAGUGCUGUCAAGACACACAGAAAGCUUCACAAGUGCAUUUGCAAGUACCGUGAAGUUUUGAACACGUCUAUGCUUACUGUUAUAGCCAAUUAUAACGGAGAGCAUGCAAUGUAUCAGUACGGCGACGAUAAGCGGUAUGCCAAAGAUAUCAACCGUGGCUUGAUCGAUCAAUUAUCACAACCCAAGCUUUGGAUUAGUGAGACGCCUAUUAAAGUGACUGAUACUUCCUUUGAUUGGUCUGCAUCUUUGCCGGUGAAGAAGCAUUUGGCAAAUCUACCUGUUACUCUUAAUAGACUGCAUCUUUACUGUCAAAAGGAUGUAUUUAUCAAUGAUGCCGAAACCAAUGAAGCUCCUCUUGAGGACUUUAUGACAGAAAUGAUCAACAAAGUAAAGCAGUUCCAAAAAGAAACUCCUUCAGUAUUAACAGAUGAAAACAAGUCAACCGUCAUGAACCAAAAGCAGCUCAAGAAGAAGGCACUCGUUGACUUUUUGAAGGAACUUCGUCGUCUCGGAUUGAAAUCUCGCGCUACUACUAUGCGAGAAAGUAACUCUGAUUCAACUGCUCUCUUCCUUCAAAAUGCAGCAAAAUUAGAAUUGUUGGAAGCAACCAAUAAUCUUCAGAAGCUACCCUUGUCCAUUUGCAGUGGUGCUACUCAAGAUAUUAUUGAACAGUGGAACAAAGCAAAUGACUAUUACUACCGCUGUGUUGCAAGAUUGACCCAUUUACGAACGAUCAGUACGACGAAUGUAAGCAGAGAUCUUUCGAUGCUUGAGGUUGAACGAAGCAUGAGUGCUGCUGAGCACAUGUUCCUUUUAGUGCGUAAGGAACGUCAUCUCUUUGCUCAAAUGGAGAAUCGUAUACAAAUCCUCCAAGGUGUUUCUGUUCAGCUUGCUGCCUUGUACGAUGCCUUUACCAAUGGAAAACUGAUUGCUAAUGAUGGGGAUAUCGAGUAUCGAUUUAUACAUCAUAAAGCGUAUGUGGAUAAACUUGCUUUGCUCAUGAAGCAAGCUGUUGAACUUGUCUCUAUUCAAGCAAGUUCUGCAACUCAAGGUGUAUUAAAGGAUUUGCAAACUGCAUGUGCUGAUGUUCAAAAGGUUCAAAGAACGGUGGACUAUUGGUUCGUACAACGCUACCUUUAUCCUAGAUCUGCUACGUCCCUUGACUUUUCGUUGAUGUCUAUCGAUAUUGAUCAACUGAUAAAGGACAAUAUGAACAAGUUGGAUCCUAUUGAAACCGUGCUUGCCAGCACGUCGCAAGCUUUACCUCAGUCAAGUCAUACUCUUUAUUCCAUCAUUCAGUUUAUCUCUAAUGCGAGAGCUACUGCUGCUAUGGUUGAUUCUGGAAAAGCUGCCAAUGCAGAGUUAACAAUGACUGACUUGCGUGAACGAGUUCAUGCCUUGAUUGAUGCGGUCUUGAUAUCCAUUCAAGAUCUCAAGAAGGCCAACUCUACAGUAAAUCCUGCUAAAUCAGAAGAGGAUGACGAUAAUGAAAAUAUGCCACAAAACUAUAUCUGUUUCCAGAGUGAAAAACAGGCUAUUCUUGUUAGUGCUCUUCACUUAGAAUCUGCAUCUAGACGUUGUGUCGAGCUAUUGACAACAGCGCAUGUUUUGGUCAGCCACAAACAAGACGAUGAUGUUGUUUGUGAAAUCUCUAGAUUGUUACAAGAAGUGUAUCCAUUCCUUCAACAGUAUAUGCUUGUGGUUCAACAUACCUUAGCCAAAAUGCUUAUUCAUCACAAGUCUAUGGCUAAAUUCACCUAUUGUCUUGUAAAUACAUUCAGUAUUAUCAUCACAAAGGGUUUCUGUAUGCCUGAAGGAGCUGAAGAUGCCGAGGAAGGCGACGCUGAAGGUACACAAGCAGGAACAGGUAUUGGCGAGGGAGAAGGCACCAAAGAUGUCAGUCAUGAGAUCGAAGAUGAAGAGCAAGUGCUCGGAACGCAGAACGAGGAGCGCUCAAAUGACGAUAAACAAGAUACAAAAGAAGAAAAGGAAGGUAUGGAUAUGGAGAAUGACUUUGACGGCAACCUUGAAGAUGUGGAACAAGAGGAACAAGAUAAUGAAGAGUCAGAAAGUUCUGAAGACGAGGAAGAAGAACCUGAUGAGCAAAUUGGCGAUGUAGAUGAUAUGGACCCUGAUGCCGUAGAUGAUAAAAUGUGGGGUGAUGAGCAGGACGAAAACUUGAACGAAAGCGACAAAACGGUUGAUGAUCAAGGAAAACAAGAGACGCAGAAGGACUCAGAUAUAGUUGCCAAGGAAGAGAGUGAAGAACAGUCUGAAUCGAAGAACGAAAAAUCCGAGGCUCCUGAGAAUCAAGACGACCAACAACAAGAACAGGACAACAAUGAAGAGCAAGGUGACGAAGGUGACGAAGGGGAUGCUGAUGAAGAAAGAGAAGCUGAAGGUGAGGAUGAAGACGACGUUGAGAAUCGACCAGGAGAGCAAUUGAACGCUGAAAUCCCUGAAGCCGAGACACUUGACCUUCCUGAAGAUUUGAAUAUGGAAGGAGAUGAUGAAGAUCAAGAGGAGGGUGGUGAAGAUGACAUGGGAAUGAAUGAUCCAAUGGACAUUGAUGAGCUACCUAAUCAAGAGCAGUUGCCUGAAGAAGAAGAAGGUGAAGCCUUCCAUGACGCUUUAGAUCAUGUUGAUGAAGGAAAAGAAGGGGAAGAAAAUGAGAAUAUGCCUGAUGGUGAUCAAAUGGAUCAUACUGAAGAAAAGAAAGAAGGUGAAGAAGAUGAAGCACUGCCUGACAAUGAACAAAUGGAUCAAGAAAACUCAAAGACUAGUAAUGCUCAGAUUGAAGAAGAGGAAGAGAGCGAGCAAACUGAAAGCACGGCUCAAAACCGUGAGCAGCCUAAUAGUGAUGCCACAGCUGAUAAUCAAUUUGGUGUUCAGGGUCAAGCAGGCAAGCAAAGCAAGAGCACUUCUGGUAAGAACGAUGGAGAGGAAGAUUUGGCUGAUACAGCACAAGGCGAAGAUGACAAUACUGAAAAGAAGGAAAGCAAAGGAAAGUCUGGAAGUGGCUCUAAUGAUGUUAAUAAUGAAGAAGAUGAAACUGAAGAUAAUGCUGAAGAAUCUGAAGCAAAUGAAGCUCAGUCCAACCCUCAGCGAAGUUUAGGAGAUGCUUUAGAAAAGUGGAGAAGAAGACUUGAGAACGUUGAAGAAGCUGGUACUGAAGAAGAAGAAAACGACGAGGUUAUGAAGACUGAAGAUGAAGAUACUGAAAAUGCUCAGGUGAAUGAUAAGGAUACAUUCGAAUAUGUCAAGAAUGACGAAGAAGCUCAUGAUAUGCAAACCAUGGGCAACGCACAGCCAGACCAAAUACAAGACCUGAAAGCAGCUGCAAUGGACGAAGAACAAGAAGAUGACGCAGGUGUUUCUGGAGAAAUGGAAGUUGACCAACAAGAAGAAUCUAUUGACACUAUGCCAUUGCCGCGUGAGACCUUGGAUAUGGCAGGCGCUGCUGAUCGACAGGGAGCCAUUUUGAGCAAGAGGUUGCCAGAGAAUCAGAUUGUCGAUGAAACUGAGAUUUUAACUGUAGAUGAAUCUGUUGUUUCACGAGAGCCUCUUGAAAAGCAAGAUAUUGAACAUAUGCGAGAUGAACUGGAAGCUCAAGUAUCUGAAUGGCGCGAAGAAGGAAGAGAUAUUAAUAAAGCAAGAGAACUAUGGCAAGGAUAUGAGAAUUUGACACAUGACUUGGCAAUGGGACUUUGUGAACAACUUCGUUUAAUUUUAGAACCUACCUUAGCCACUAAGCUUAAGGGUGACUAUCGCACAGGAAAACGAUUGAACAUGAAGAAGAUCAUUCCUUAUAUUGCAAGUCAGUUCAAGAAAGAUAAGAUUUGGUUACGCCGUACAAAGCUAAGCAAACGACAGUAUCAAGUCAUGAUUUCCGUGGAUGACUCUAAAUCAAUGUCUGAAUCCCGUUCUGUACAACUGGCUUAUGAAACGCUGGCUCUUAUAUCGAAGGCUCUAUCACAACUAGAAGUAGGCGAUAUCUCAAUCUCGUCCUUUGGUGAACGCGUGCGUCUUUUGCAUCCAUUUGGUCAACCUUUUACAAGUGAAUCUGGUGCAAAUGUUAUUCAACAAUUCACCUUUGCUCAACAAAAGACGUAUGUUAAAAACCUGAUUGAAACUUCCCUUGGUCUAUUUGAAAAUGCCAAAUAUUCUUCAGGCUCUGGUGCUGCUGAACUCUGGCAACUUCAACUUAUUAUUUCUGAUGGUAUCUGUGAAGACCACGAAACACUAAGAGCAUUAGUACGCAGUGCACUUGAACAGCGUAUUAUGAUUAUAUUUAUUGUUGUUGACAACAAGCCGGAAAAAGACUCGAUCCUGAACAUGACAAAUAUCACUUAUACGAUAAAGGAUGGCAAGUAUGGUAUUCAAAUGAAGCCUUAUUUAGAGACUUUCCCCUUCCAGUACUUUAUGAUUGUCCGUGACGUAAGCUCACUACCUGAAGCCUUAUCCGAUGCUUUACGACAAUACUUUAGCUUUGUAUCUAGUUAAAACAAAAUAAUACAUAAAUAAAUAAAAUUUUUAGAUAAUAUUAACAUAGGA